UAACCAGGUAGCUGAGGGUUCUGGUGUUAACAAUAGCGUACAGGAGCUUCCAGGUAAGAAAAUAAAAACCCUAACUAACACAAUGAUGAAACACAUAGGCUCUGUGUAACAAUAUUUUAUUUAUUUUUAAACACAGGGGAGCCUGGUACCUCUGAAGGAGGGAGAGUGAAAAGAGCUUUGAAAAGAAGACAUCUUGGCCAACCUCAUCAGUCAGAAGGAGUUCCUCCUGUGAAGAAAUAAAAAAAACAGGAACAUGAGGAAUCGGAACUUGCUGGUGAUGCUGUGCAACAGCGGCCUGACCAAGCCCAGGUGCUCAUAUUUGCAAAGGAGCUAAUCGAAGCUGGUGAACGUCUAACUCAGUUGAGCCGCAAGAUAACAGAAAAUGAAAACAGCAUCACAGAGAAGCAGAAAAUUGUCACGAGGUUCAAGCAGUACCAAUCAUGCAUAACAGAAUUUCUGGAAGGAGAUGUCAGAAGAUACAAUCUGCCUGGCAUGGCUGACUUUCUGAAAUAAAUUAAAAAUGAACUGAUGUAUCCCUAUAGCAAAACUACAUUUGCCACACAGUGGGGAGGGGGUAGGACACUAAACUCUGAUACACAAACUGAUUCUGAUUCUGUACAAUCUACAGAAACAGAAGCAGAAACUCUCCCUGAAACACAGAACACUGUUGAUUCAGUUGUGAGUUACCACUCAGACACUGAUGAUGGUGAAGGUGGGGAUGUGUACUUAGAGCCUAUCAGGAAUUGGGAAAGGCUCAACAACCGCUACAGAGCCCGUGAAAUGUAUUUUGAAUUUCGUUUUGUGAAUUUACAUAGAGCACGCUCCUAUCAUGAAGCCAUUGCGGGCAUACACACUGCCAUUCAGAGUCUAUUAGACACUGUAAAUAGGGUGAUAGGCCCCAAUGAUUAUGUUCAACUCCGAUUACAGGGUGACCGCCUGAAUAAUCCACUGUUUAUGUUCAGAAGAAACAGGAAUGAGUUAAAUGCUGAGGAAUACUUAACAGCCAUUAGCAACUUACUCCAAAGUUAUGCUGAAAUCUGGGGGGAUGAUACUUUAAGGUUAAAUGUUGUAAUAGUAAACCCUCCAGAAGGGGGCGCCCGAAGAUCCAUAAUGACCAUCCCUUAUAGUUCUAUCAUAGAGAGAAAACAACAACAUUUGAUUGAUGCUCAUAUACAAGGUACCAAUCUCUGUUUUGCCGGUGGCGUGCUAGCCCUCAUGUCAAAUAGUCCUACACUUGAACAAAUAAUAGCUGAUGCUGAGAAAAUGCACAUGGACCUUGGUUGGUCACAUCAGAAAAAGGUUUCCCUAACUGAUGUGUCAGCUGUUGAACAGUAUUUACAGGUCAAGAUACCCGUUGUUCACUGGAAUGGCACUAAGUGGGGGAUUUUUAAAACUGAUGAGCAGAACUACACAGACACCUGCCACAUGCUGCUGUACAAUGAUCACUAUUAUGGGAUUAAGAAUAUUGGUGGGUUCUUUGGGUCCAGAAACUUUUGUCAGAUAUGUAGUACACCCUAUUCUCACACACAUGAUUGUAUGUACACGUGUCGGCGCUGUUUGAGAAAAGAGUGCCCUAAAAAAGUAGGGAGAAUACACAGGUGCCCCACAUGCAAACUCCAGUGCAGAUCCAAGGCCUGUCCAACCAUACACGAAAAACUUGCAUCAGAGGAUAAGGUAGAUUGCACUCUGAGAAUAUUAUGUUCAAAGUGUGAUCAUUAUGUAGAUUUAAAUCAUGAAUCUAAAAGGGUGUGUCAAGGGAAACAGUGCCAUACCUGUUAUGACUAUUUUGAGGGAGAUAUUGAAAAUCAUGACUGCUACCUAGGAAAAAUUAAGCAACCUAAACUAUCCAUCAGAUAUGUCUUUUAUGAUUGUGAAUGUAGACAGGAAAGUGGGGUACAUAUACCGAAUCUAAUUGUAGCAAAAGCUUUUAAAGAGGAAACAGUGAAAUCUGUUCCUAAAAAGAAAUGGAAGCCCGCUGGUGAGAGUUGGGAAUUUAAGGGAGACACCUGUCUAAAGGACUUUAUUCGGACAUUUACCUCAGACCUGAGUUUCAAGAAAACCCAUUUCAUAUGCCAUAAUUUUCAUGGAUAUGAUGCCUAUCUAAUCCUAGGGGGGGAUACUCAAGGAACGGUUUGAUGUUGAUUUGAUUACUCAAGGUGGCAAGCUGAUAUGUAUAACUAUCAAAAGAUUGGGUAUAAAAUUUCUGGACUCCCUAUGUCAUUUACCAAUGGCCCUGGCAAAGUUACCCAAAGCCAUGGGCUUCCAAGAGGCUAAAGGAUAUUUUCCCCACUUCUUUAAUACAGAAGAAAAUUGGGAAUAUGUAGGGGAAAUGCCUGACCCCAUACAUUAUGGUUUUGACAGAAUGAUGCCCAGUGAAAGGUCAGCGUUCCUGGCUUGGUAUGAACAGAACAAGUCAAACACCUUUGACUUGCAGAAGGAACUGGCCUCUUACUGUCAUCAAGAUGUAAACAUCUUAAUGCAGGCCUGUACAAAAUAUAGACAUGAGCUCAUAGAGAUGACCCUCCGAACCGUUCCUGUGCGCAAGGGUAAGAAAUGGGUCUUUGAGUGUGUGGGUAUUGAUCCUUUUCAAUACCUCACCUUGGCUAGUGUGUUCUUAAAAAUGUAUCGCUACAAGUUUCUUGAGGAGGGCAGGAUUGCCAUACCCUCUCCAGAUAAUUAUCACAAGCAGUGUAAAAGAUUCUCCACACCCUCUAUUCAGUAGUUGGCAUAUAUAGAGCAGAAGGAAAAGAUAGAUAUUCAGCAUGCUUUGAAGGGUGGGGAAUUUAAAGUUGUAAUCCCCAGAAACCUAAGGUAUGUUGAAGAUGAAGCCAAAGAGUAUUACCUCGAUGGCUAUGCUGUCAUAGAGGGUAAGAAGACAGCCUUUGAGUUUAAUGGAUGCUUUUGGCAUGGCUGUCCCCAGUGUUAUGAUUCACAGGCCCAGCACCCCCUGCUGGCCAAAACAUAUGAAUUUCUUCACAAUGGUACAGAAAGAAAAGCAGCUGUGCUAAAGAAGAUGGGUUUUGAAGUCAGAUCUAUAUGGGAGCAUGAGUGGAAUAACAUCCUAAGAACCUCUGCAGAAGUGCAGAGUUUCUUGGCAGAGCAGCAGUUUCCAGAGCCUCUGCAGCCCAGGGAUGCAUUAUUCGGGGGUAGGACCGGCUGUGUUAGCUUAUAUUACAAAGCAAAGAGGGAUGAACAGAUCCAUUAUAGGGAUUUUACCAGCCUGUAUCCUUUUAUUAUGAAACAGAGAGAGUACCCUCUGGGGCAUCCCAAAAUCAUUUAUGAGAACUUUGGACCCCUCUCUGACUAUUUUGGCUUAGCCAAAGUGAAGGUCUACACACCCCGGGGACUUUUUUCCCCCGUAGUACCCGUCAAGGUGGAUGGGAAACUCAUAUUCCCUCUAUGCAUGACUUGUGCAACUACCAAACAGUUGGAAGAAUGUGAACACACGAAUGAGCAGCAGGCGCUUACUGGUACAUGGUGUACAGUCGAACUGAUGGAGGCUAUGGCCAGGGGGUAUAACGUUGUGAAAAUCGAUGAGGUGUGGCAUUUUGAAAAAAAAUCUGACAAACUCUUCACAGGUUAUAUCAAUACCUUUCUCAGGCAGAAGCAGGAAGCAUCGGGGUUUCCCCAGUGGUGUGUUAGUGCGGAGGAUAAAGAGAAAUACAUCCGCGAUUACCAUAAAAGAGAAGGAGUGCUCUUGCGCCAGGAUCAGAUUGAUGUCAACCCUACAAAGCGUCAAAUUGCCAAAUUGUUUUUAAAUUCUUUGUGGGGUAAGUUUGCUCAGAGAACAAACCUGCCUAACACAUCCAUUCUGAGGGACCCUGAUAUGUUUUUUCACUAUCUGUUUUCAAAUAAGUAUGAGGUUUCAAUGUGUGAGUUUAUUGAUGAUGACACAUGCUGUGUUUGUUGGAAACAUACCCAAGACCGCAUAACAACCUCAGGUACCACCAAUGUUUUCCUAGCCUGUUUUACAACAGCCUACGGCCGUCUAGAGCUGUACCAACUGUUACACAAACUGCAAGACCGCUGUUUAUACCACGAUACAGAUUCUGUGAUAUUUGUAAGCCGUGAAGGUUUGUACAACCCACCCCUCAGUGAUUUUUUAGGGGAGCUAACCAGCGAGCUUCCCUCAGAUCAAUACAUCACUGAGUUCGUGAGCACCGGUCCUAAAUCUUAUGGGUACAAGCUGUCUGGGGGCGAUACCUGUGUAAAAGUGAAAGGAAUAACUUUGAAUUAUGCAAAUAAUCAAAAAAUUAAUUUUGACACUCUCAAAGAUCUUGUCUUUGCCUACACUGCUGGUGAGGACCCUCCGCGUGAGAUUGUAGUGGAACAGAAAGGUAUAGUAAGGAACAAAAAGCAGUGGACGCUCGAAACAAAAACUCUAAGGAAAACACAGAGGGUUGUUUUUGACAAACGUGUCAUUGUUAACGGGUUUAAAACAGUGCCUUACGGUUUUUAAAUGGAUACCCGCUGGCAGCACCCCUUCUCAGCCAUUCUGGCUGGUCCUAGUAACUGUGGCAAAAGUUUUUUUAUAAAAAAACAUGUUGGACAAUGCUCACUCUGUCCUAUCUGUUGUUCCUGAUAAAAUUGUAUGGUGUUAUGCCUGUUGGCAGCCUCUGUAUAAAGAACUGGCCUGUAAAUAUCCAAUCAUUACCUUUGUGGAGGGUAUACCCUUGCAGCUGACAGAUGAUGAGCUGUUACCCCCCCAAUAAAAACUGCUUUCUUGUA